GCCGCAGUCCCCCUCUCGCCCUCCCCGUCUCCUCCGAGGUCAUCACUCUCGCCUUGACGAUCAUACUCUGCGACCUCUGGUAGUCGUCUAACUCAAAAAUUUGGUCCCCAUGGCUAUCAACAAGAUCGCCCUCGGCAGGAGCUCUGAGGCUACGGCCCCGGACGCCCUGAAGGCGGCAUUCGCCGAAUUCAUCGCCACCUUCCUCUUUGUGUUCAUCGGUGUUGGCGCGUGCAUCGCUAACACCAAGCUGAACGCUGGACCCCUGGAGGCUGCGGGGUUGGUGUCGAUCGCCAUCGCUCACGGUUUGGCAAUUGUCAUCACCGUGGCUGCCACCGCCAACAUCUCCGGAGGACAUGUGAACCCCGCUGUGACCUUCGGGCUUGCAGUCGGUGGUCACAUCACUGUCUUGCGCGCUGCUCUCUACUGGAUCGCCCAGCUGCUCGGUGCCACCCUCGCCUCUUACCUCCUCCAAAACGUGAUCGCCUCCGUCGGAGAGGUUGUGCCCAUCCACGGACUCGGAGCGGACGUGACCUUCAUCGGAGGAAUUGUGCUGGAGAUUGUGCUGACCUUCUCGUUGGUGUUCGUGGUGUACGCCACGGCCGUGGACCCCAAGAAGGGAUCGAUCGGAGUGGUCGCACCUUUGGCCAUCGGGUUCACAGUGUUGGCCAACCACUUCAUCGGAGUGCCCUUCACCGGCGCUUCCAUGAACCCAGCUCGCUCUUUCGGCCCCGCCUUCGCCACCAUGGACUUCCACAAUCACUGGAUCUACUGGGUCGGCCCUCUGAUCGGAGGAGGAAUCGCUGGAAUUCUCUACGGAGAAGUUUUCUUGACCCCCGAGACCGGCCACGCCCCCAUCUCCGAAGACUACUGAGCAGCUGCGCCGCCGCCAGUUCCCGUAGCCAGUGUUUAGGACUCCGCUCUAAUGGACCACCAGAUCGUCACUAAAAAUCGCCAAGUUCACUCAGAUCGUGCUGUUUAUUUAGUUUCACCAUUGCAGCUUCCGGACCCGGACAGGGCAGCCGCAGCAGCUGCAGCAGGAGUUUACUGCCGGCCGUCCUUCGUUUGGGAGCUGAUGCGCAGGUCUGAGAGACGCAACGUUGAAUUCUUUGCUUGGUUGUGUAGAGAUGUGAAUUGAAUGUAGAGGUUCUGUUUUUAUAUGUGUUUGUGCCUGCAUGUUCCGCUAGGCCUGCCCUGCUGAGCCAAGUUCAGCUGGUCCGGUUCCUUCGUGCGUCGAUGGGAUCUCGUUCCAUGACUCGCAGAAGAGGACACUCGAUUCUUCGUCCGGGUGCCGAUGCUCGGAUCCGUGGAGCCGCCCGCAGAGCUUGUUUAGCACACCGUUUUUCCAUCUGGUCGCAGGCUCCACCGUGUCAGUUGAGCGAGCGAGCUGCCUCCUGCUCAAUGUCCCCGUAGUGAUAAUGUUAUUAGCGUCGGCUGCCGGAGCCGGCCAUCUUGCACAGAAAGACUGAGAUUGUCAGGAGAUUAGCUAUUUAGUUUCAAUUGUUGUUAAAUUCAAAAUGUAUAGAACGCACACUCCUGGCUGGGUGCUGCAUUCGCUGUUGUAAAGCACGAGCUGUUCGCACAGAUACAUAUUUGGAAUAAACUUCACAUUGGAGUGGACAUUCUUCCAUGAUUCGGUCUCC